AUGUACAUCGCUUCUCGGAAAAUUUCUCACCUGUGCACUUUCAAAAAAUUACAGUUUUGCGAAAGGCAUCUGGACGCCUGUCGAAAUGGGGGUCAAUGCAUCAACACUGAAACUCGUCGAAACGGGUUCCAUAAAUGCGUUUGUUUGCCGGGGUUCUGGGGUACACAUUGCGAGUUUGACUGCACAUCCCGAGGUUGUGAUGGACGAGGAAACUGUGAGAAACAGUCCAACAGUAAGUACAAAUGCAUUUGUCAUCCGGCCUAUUCUGGUGAUUUCUGCCAGUUCAACCGCACACAUUGGCAAGUCGAUGAUGCACUAUCGGAGCUCAGGGAAGCAAGUGAACCAGAAUCCAAGAAACAGCAUUGUUCACCUUAUUUGUGCUGCAACGAAGGAACAUGCGUGGAAAUGGAGAAAAGAAUUCUGUGCGAGUGCCCCAAGGGAUAUCAUCGAAUUGAAUGUGAGAAGAUAAACGAGUCUAGUCCAGUGAUGCAUUCCAACUGUGCUAUUCGCUAUAACGCUCGUCCGCAAGAAUUCAGAGAACUUGCGUUUAAGCAAAAACAACCCAACAGCCUAGUAUACCUAGGUUUGAGCUUCCUAGGAAUCAUGACUGGCGUAGCCAUUCUGUGCAUCUCAGCAUUCACAGUGGUGUGGACCUGCGCCGGGCGUCGGAAACGGCCAAUAUUGGAUGCAGCGGCUUUCGCCUACCAUAGCGUGAAGAACAAGCUAGACAAUCAGAAAUACCAGAAUCCUUCGAGUGGUAAGGUUAUGACUACGUUGAACAAGUGUGGAGAUGAUUUGUGCACAACUGACACACUUCCAUCGGAACUUGAGAUCACGCAAUAUCAUGUCACAGAAGUGCAGAAACACAACACACUACUCUACCCAAUCGGUUCACAGUUUGCUGUCGUCCACGGAAUACUGCAGUGUAAGGCCAAGUUGGCGAUGAUACAAUCAAGCACUGUUGUUCCGAAUAAUGAGUUACAGAAAUACCAUUCUCCUAAUAUGAUGGACAAAAUCGAAAAACCAAAGGCACGUCUUUGAGGGUACAUGCUUUUUCCCAUCGUCAAUCAUUCGGGGCACCGUUGAAGGUAUUCGUGACGAAACUACCCAUGGCUUGUCUAUUUUUAUUUCGCUUCCAACCAGAUUCAUU